AAAGUCAGAACAAAAAUUCUAAAAAUUAGCGAAAAAAGUCUUUUAAUUUCCUCAUUUUCAACAAAAUUCCUUUUUUUAUUCAGAAAUUCCGUGCAAAGUCUCAAUUCACGGUCAUUUUCUAUCAUUCCAGCACACGAUUUUUAAUUGAUAUCGUAUUACGCAGUUCAGAUUAGCGAGUCGUCAUCACGAAGAAAAAAUGUCUGACUCGGAUUCGAUUGUUGCUGCCUUGAAACUUCUCAUCAUCGGAGAGUCAGGUGUUGGCAAAUCCAGUUUAAUGCUCCGUUUCACAGAUGACCAAUUCGAGGAGUCUCAAUGCACGACCAUUGGCGUGGAUUUCAGGACAAAAGUCAUGGAUAUUGAUGAUGUCAAGUUUAAAUUGGCGAUUUGGGAUACGGCGGGUCAGGAACGCUUUCGAACACUCACGUCGUCGUUUUACAGAGAUGCCGUCGGAGCAAUUUUAAUGUACGACGUCACAAACCGCACAACGUUCGACAAACUCGACAUGUGGCUCGACGAAUUGGAAAUUAACGGCAACAAACCCAACAUGGCAAAAAUGUUAGUGGGCAACAAAAUUGACAGAGUAGAUCGUCAAGUGGCCCGCGAAGAAGGUUUGGCGUUCGCGCGAAAACAUCGAAUGCUCUUUGUCGAAAGCUCGGCCAAAACUAGCGAAAAUGUGAUGAAUGUCUUCGAGGAAAUUGUCCGAAAAAUUGUCGAAACGGACAAUUUAUGGGAUCGAAACAGCUAUCGACCCGGUGUUAGUUUGAGCGACGGAAGUGGCGCGGCUGGAUCGUACUGCAGUUGUUGAUUUCUCGAAAAUUUUUUAAAUAAAUUUCGUAAAUUUCCUUGGUUUUUUGUCCCGAAAAAUUUUUAUGUUCAAAAUAUUUACAAAAAUUUCAAAUAAAUUACUCGAAUUUGAAUUUUAGG